AUGUUGCAAUCCAACAACAGUGGUGGCACUACUCCGUUGGGUCAUCGACGAAUCCACAGUGCCAGUACUUUUCAAUUCUCUCGUCACUCUCCAUUCAAGAAUAUUUUCGGACAAGAACAAAAGAAAGAAUUACAAUUCACAAAUUUAAACAAAAUCAACAAGGCAUCAUGUUCUGCUGAAUCCAAAGUGAUUAGUUGUGAUGAAGAUUAUUUUGCUUUACCAUUCGGAACUUAUGGAGGUGUCAUUCUUCUCAGACAUUCCCAAAUUCCCGAAGACUCCAAAUCGAGACGUGCUCAUGCCAAUCCUCCUCUUCUCUCCGAUCACACUGGAUUUGUUCAUGACCAUGCAUUCUCUCCACUCAAAAUUUCCGAUGAUUUUCGUCUAUUUUCAACCUGUUCUGCAGAUUGCACCAUUAAAAUUUGGAAAAUUAAACAACAUCCUCAACUUGCAAUUCAUGGCUAUUGUGAAAAUUCCACCACCGAUACCAUUACCUUAAAAGGACAUGAAAAGAAAGUCAAUACAGGUGAUUUUCAUCCAAGUGUGAAUAAUAUCUUUGUGAGUUCAAGUACAGAUAAUACAUUAAGAAUAUGGGAUGUUGAAAGUCAAAAAGAUUUAAUUGUAUUGAAAAAUGAUUUUGAUGAUUUGGUUCAAUCGUGGGAUUGGUCUGCCACAGCAAGUGUCUUGUACACUUCGAAUCGAGAUACCAUUGCGAGAGUUUAUGAUCCAAGAACAAAAUAUGCCAUUGUGUCAGGAAAAGCUCAUGAUGGUAAAAAAGGUUUUCGUGUGGUGUGUACCAAUCAUGAUCAAUUUUUCACGGUUGGCUUUAAUCUCUCAGGUACUCGUGAAUAUGCCUUAUGGGAUUUGAGAAAGGGCAUGAGAAAAGGUCCACUCGUUCGAGAAACCAUCUCCGAUCAAACUCCGACCCAACUCUUUCCCUUUUAUGACUCGACUUCACAUCUACUGUACUUGGCGGGAAAGGGGGAUACCAAAGUGCGAAUGUAUGAAAUUGAUGCCAACUCGGAACCCUAUGUUCAUCCUUUAGGUGAAUUUAAAUUAUCAAGUACCAACACUGGUAUUGACAUGUUACCCAAACGAGUAUGUGAUACCAAAGUCUUUGAAGUGGCACGAUUCAUGAAACUCAAUGUUGAAAGUGUCGAAACCUUCACUUUCCAUGUUCCUCGUAAAAAGGAACAACAAGAAGUCUUUCAAGAAGAUUUAUAUCCUCCAGUUCCGAGUGGAAGGCCAUCCUCUUUGACCUCCAAAGAUUGGUUCUCUGGAAAGAGUUGUCUUGUGGAUUUCACGAGUAUGAGAAGUCGAAUGAGUGAACAACAACAACAACUAUCACUCGAAGAAGAAGGAGGAGGAUCUUCCUCGAGGAGUACUACUACUAGUAGUAGAAGUGGUACGAAUGGUGGUUCAGACUUGUUGUCAAAAAACGCUCGUAAAAGAUCUCAUGCACUCAAAUCAGCACCUUCUGUGGAUGUUGGAUUGAAUACCUAUGCCAACAACAAUGAACUUGGAAUUCCAGUGGAUGAAACUCUUCUCAUCAAUUCGUUUGGAUUUUAUUUAAAUUCCUAUUUGAAUGUGUGGUUUCAUAGAGAAAUGAAAUGGAAGAAACUAUUUUGUGCAUUGCAUCGAUCCAAAGUGCAUCCAGAAUUGAAUAGUGUUCUCAUCUAUGGAGAGAAUCCACAACAAGUGAAACUCAUUCGAGAUGAAAUUGCUAAAAAGGAUCAUUUGGAGAAUUUCAAUCGAAAUGAAUUUAUUUCUCUCUAUUCAAAAUCAAAGACAAGUGGAGUAAUUUUCAUGGCUCAACUGUUGUAUGUACACAAAGCUUAUCAAUUGGGAGAUGAAUACUUUUCAGAUCAUCAAACCAUGGAAAUUCUCUUCUACGAUUUAAUUCUCAAUGAAAUUGUUUCCUUCUUCUUUAGUAGUGGAAGUGUUGCAACCGCCUCCAGUACCACCAGUACCACCAGUACUACGACUACGACUUCUGCUACGACGGGUGGCAUGAGUGGCGGUGGCGGGGAAACAGGCGGUAGUUCCGUUGUUGUAAAUGAUGAAUUGAUCCAAACCUGGGCAGACACUCUCAAAAAACUGUGCAAGCCUCAUCGCGAUGUGGUUCGAAACAGUCGAAUCUUUAAAGGCUUUAUUCUUCAAUUGAAAGAUUCAUCUUCUCAGAGUGACACAACCUCACAGAGUGAUCAAUCCAAUAGCAAUGGCAAUCGGAACAACAACAACAACACUUCAGAGGACAUUCCAGCAUAUUGGGCCAAACGUUGGUGUGUGGUUACUGAGGAAUUUCUCUUCCUGUAUUCUCAUCGUAAAUCACCUCUUCCGGAAUGUGCCUUCAUCUUAAAAAAGAUUUCUCUUCCUGGAGUAACGAACAUGGAACAUGCAUUGCCACAUUACAAAACAUUACAGAGUAUUUCAGAUUCAAUUCAGAAUGAAAAUAAUGAAUGGAUCAAUCUCAUUGAGAACACAACAAGUGGCAGUAGUCAUACUCUUCUCAUGCAAACUCUGAGUGGAGAUGAAAAGAAUUUAUGUUUCGCUUUGAACUAUGAGAAUGGUCAUAGUGGUAAAUCCAAUAAUUGGAGCAUUUCAAAACAACAAAAACAUCAUCAUUCACAUCGUACUCCUCUCUGUUUCUUCUUGGCCAAUAAUGAUCAACAAAAAGAAUCACUCUUUGAAAUGAUUCAAAUCAAUAGUGGUCUCAUCAAGAUUGGAUCCUCUGAAGAAGAACGUUUAUUAGAAAAACUUGGAUUACCCAUUCAUGAACAUGAUAAUGGCAAUAUGGAGAGUGGUCAUAGUAGUAGUCUAAGUGUAACCACUCCUUCUUCUGACUUGUCAAUUUCUUCUUCUUCACGAUCAUCUUCUUCAAAGGAUUCUUCUUCUGAAGGCAUUGGUAAAAUUCAAGUAUGGCCCAUCUCAGAUUCCAUCUCUCAGGAAGAUUUGCAAGAUUUAUUUGGUGUCUUUGGUCCCAUUGAUCACAUUGAAUUAUUUUCAAAAGAACAUCGAGCAGUGUUGACAUUUCACAAGAAGAGUUCAGCUUUGAAUGCACUCGUAUUGCAUCAUACCAAUUUGGAUGCCACUAAAAUUAAUGUACAAGCUCUUUCGGAUGAACAUCUCUAUGAACCAGGUUAUUUGAAAGUGGAAAAUAUUUCACCUCAAUGUUCCAAACAAGACAUUCGAGUGAUUUUUGCUACUUUUGGAGAGAUUCAGAAAAUCAAAUUGUGGAGGGAUCCCAAUUCUUUGAAUCAUUCCUUUUGUGGAAUUAUUAAAUUCAAAACAGUGGAACAAGCGAAAAUGGGUCUUGUAUUCAAUGGAUCUAAAUUAUAUUAUGAGGAAAUUAAGGUGACCUUAUUGGAAGGUAAUACUAGUAGUAGUAGUAUGGGUGAUACUUUUCGUAAUAGUAGUGGCAGUAAUUAUAAUUCAAUCUUUGGAGAAGAAAAGUUAUUCAACAAUGAAUAUGAUCCCAACGAAGUCAAAGCCAAUCGACAAAAAGUUCUCAUUCAAAUCAAGGGUGAUAAGAAGAUUCGUUCACGACAAGUUGAACUCUCACCAAAAAGUAUCAAUUCAGGAGAUGUUUUUCUAUUGGAUUGUGGAAGUGUGAUUUAUGUGUGGAAUGGAAAACAAACUUCAAGAUUCAAAAAAGCACGUGGUCUCGAUGUUGCUACUAAUUUGAAACUCAAAGAACGUGGAGGUAAUGCUAAAAUUAUCAUUAUUGAUGAAGGUCAAAGUGUUAAUCGUGAUGAACAAGAAUUGGAACGACAAUUUUGGAAUACUCUCUUUACUGAAUAUGGAGAUCCUUCCUUUUCAAGAGAAGAAUUUUUGAAAAACAUUCCAGACAAGAAGGCAGGUGGAGAUGAUAAAGAAUUUGAAGAAAAGUUGGACAAGAAUACUGUAUUGUAUCGAAUCAAUUUCACAGAACAUCAAUUUGAUUUUUCAAAUUCUAAAAACAAUGAUCAAGAAUUACCCAUUGGAAAAUAUCAAUUGAAAAUUGUUCAUCGUCACUCACAACCAGCACUCUCUGAUUUGAAUUCUAAUUUUGUCUAUGUCUUGGAUUGUUUGAGUGAAAUUUAUAUUUGGGAAGGAAAGUACUCUUCGAAAGCACAACGAGUAUUUGGUAGAAAAUUUGCCUCUAAAAUUGAACAACAAGAUCAUCGACCCAUUUGGACUCGUGUCUGUAAAAUUGUUGAACAUUCUGAACCUAUUCUAUUUAAGGAAAAGAUGAGUGACUAUGCAGGUGUGUUACCCAUUGCAGUUUCACAAGCUGCCAUUGAUGAAAAACAAGGAAAGGGUAAUGUGGCACAAAGGAAGGAACAACAUGUCAUUGAUGUGAAUGCAAUGAUGUUCAUUGGUGGUAGUGAUAGUAGCAGUAGUGGUGGCAAUGUUGGUAGUGGUAAUAGUAGUGGUGAAAAGGAUUCAUUCUCCACACUCCCACGAGAACCCAUGUUUCAUGAAAUGUCUAAUCAUGAACUCGUUUCCAAUGCUCGAAAUACUUCAUCAAACUAUGAAAUAUUUAUAUGGAAAGUAGAAGGAUUUGAAAAAGUAGAUUAUGAUGAAGAUUAUUAUGGACAACUCUAUAGUGGAGAUUCAUUUGUGAUUUUAUUCAAAUAUUACAAAUCAAAUAAGGCAAAACAUAUCAUCUAUUUUUGGCAAGGAAGAGAUUGUUCGACCAAUGAAAAGGGAGCUUCCGCACUCUUGACCAUUGAUGUUUCAAAUAUUAAUUUACAAGGUGAUGAUGCACCACAAAUUAGAAUUAUUCAACAAAAAGAAACUCGACACUUUUUAAGCAUGUUUCAUUCCUAUUUAGGAUUGGAUGGAUUGGUGAUUCCUUUGGGUAAAUUUGCAAUCGAUAUGAUGAAUGAUUCAAGUAGUAGUAGUAGUGGUAAUAGUAGUCUCACAAAGAGUCAUAGACUAAGAUCCAUUGGCAGUAGUAGUAGCACUGGAACUCCCACCAAUAAUUCCACAACUACUACUGGAUCCUCAUCUGUUGUUGAAGAAUCAAAGAGAGUAUUCCAACAAGCACUUUCACAAUUAUAUAUUUAUGAUAUUCGAUGUGUCAAGUCACCCAUUGCAAAGAACAAGAAUGAACAACAGGAUCAGAAUUCAGUAUUGUAUUGUGAAAAGACAAAGGCCAUUCAAGUGGAUACCAAUGAAUUUAAGAGUAUUGAACAAAUUGGUCGUCUCUUCAAUUCCAAUCACACACUAUUAAUUGUUACCAAAGAUAGAAAAGAAGGAUAUUUGUGGAAAGGAAAAUACCAUCAUCAAGAGAAGGAGGUGGCUCUUGCUCGUCAUGUUGCAAAUCAUGUGUUGAAAUUUCCAGAUUCCAAAUUAAUACAAAUGGAUCAAAAUGCAGAAAAAGAUUUCUUGUGGAAAUUAUUUGGAUUGAAUGCAAUGAAUGCAGCACCUAUUAAGAAGUUUAUCAAGUCUCAACUUGAUCAACAAAAGAAGAGAAUUGAUCCAAUUUUAUAUCAAUUCUCUGGUGCGACUGGAGUGGUCGAUGUGGAAAGAGUUUACAAUUAUUCACAAGAUGAUCUUGACAUAUUUAGUGUAUUUUUAUUGGACGCACAAGAGUUGGGAUGUUUCUUGUGGUUUGGCUCUCACUCAUCACAUAAUUUACAAAAGAUUGCACUCGAUACUUCUCUCAGAUAUUGCAUGACACACUAUGGCAGCAGUAACAACAAAAAUAAUACCACCACCACUACAGGAGAGGAUGUAAAUUUGUAUGUGACCUAUACAGGUCAAGAGCCAGCCUCAUUCAAAACUCAUUUCCAUGCAUGGGGUGCAUACAGAGACAAAUACAUUGUCAACUACUUGAAUAGUAGUGCCAAUAAUUCCAAAGAAGUGUUAAUACCUGCCAGUGACAUGAUGAAAGAAUACGCAAGGAAGACAUACUCUUACAAGACACUCCUUUCAGAACAAUUACCAGCAGGAGUAAAUGCCACCAAAUUGGAAGAAUAUUUGAGUAAUGAAGAAUUCCAAUUAGUAUUCAACAUGACACGAGAUGAAUUUAAUCAACUUCCAAAAUGGAAACAAGAAAGUGAAAAGAGAAAGGUAUAUUUGUUCUAG